CCUCCCGCAACCCCGCUUAAGCAUUACUCCCAAAGCUUUAAACUAAUCCUUGAAACUUACGAAUUUUAGCUCUUCCAAUCCCAAAGCUCUAUUCUCUUAAUUUCUAAUUUAAGCCAUUUUGACCUGAUCCGACACAGUUGCCGACCUUAUACUGUGGCGGUGCUCUGUUCCCCCUCCAACGUCGCUCCAAAAAUUUUUCUAUAAAUAGCUUAGUCCGACCACGUGAUCCUUCUGACAUUCAUUUCAGUACUCCACAUUGCCAACUUCUUCAUUUCUCAUUCUCUUCAAACAUCUUAGUCAAAACAGAGAAAUAUUACAAUGGCGAAACCUCAAGUUUUUCUUGCCCUGUUCUGUUCAUGUUUCGUAUUCCUAAUUUCUGGGGUGUUAUCAGCAACAUUUACAUUAGUAAACCAGUGCAGUUUUACAGUAUGGCCCGGGAUAUUAUCAGGUGCAGGAACUACCCAGCUUUCUCCUACUGGACUUCAACUGAAUCCUGGACAGGCCAUACCCAUUUCAGUUCCAGCGGGUUGGUCGGGUCGUUUAUGGGGUCGGACUUUUUGCUCCCAAGAUUCUACUACGGGUAAAUUCACUUGCGUGACAGGUGAUUGUGGCUCCGAAACACUUGAGUGCACCGGCGGAGCUGCACCGCCGGCGACUCUAGCAGAGUUCACUCUCAACGGCGCCGGUGGCCUUGAUUUCUAUGACGUUAGCCUUGUGGAUGGUUAUAACUUGCCUAUGUUAGUGAGCCCACAAGGUGGAACCGGAGCCGGAAACUGUUCGGCGACUGGGUGUGUCGUGGACCUUAACGGGCCGUGUCCGGCGGAGCUGAAGAUGAUGAGUACGGGCGGCGGCGGCGAGUGCGUGGCGUGCAAGAGCGCGUGUGAAGCGUUUGGCGAUCCAAGGUAUUGUUGUAGUGGGCCCUACGCUACGCCUGAUACAUGCAAGCCGACUGAUUACUCGGAGUUUUUCAAGAGUUCAUGCCCACGCGCUUACAGCUAUGCGUAUGAUGAUGGAACCAGUACCUUCACUUGUGCUUCUGCUGAUUAUGUCAUCACAUUUUGUCCUGCUCCUGCUGCUAGUCAGAAAUCAUCUGGAGGACAAUACGCUGGUGGGAGCAACGUUUCAUUGGUCAGUAGCAGUGGUCGUACGUUAACCUCUGGCCCAUUACCGUUCUACACAAGCUUGAUGAUCACCAUUUUAGCAGCCCUUAAUUUGGCAAUAUAAUUGAGGCAGUUCCAUUGAUCUUUGUUACUAUUACAAAGGAUUUCUGGUCCCUGAUUAUGCUAGCUAUUUGAAGUAGCCUGGGCCAACUCAAUAUUUUUGCCCCACGAUUCUUGAAUAUAUAUACCCACUUUUGCAUGUGAACUCAAUAGCCCAAAGUCCGCCAUUUUUUGGAGUCUUUGAAGAUGUGGUAUCCAUGUGACGUGGGAAUCUCUAUUUUCUCUUUUUGAUAAAAAAGAAGCAGCAGCACAAAGAGCUAGGGAAACAAAAGCGCGACAAGAACAAGAAGAAAGGGCUGGGCAAGUUGUAAAUUGCCGACGUAGUGGAAUGUUUUUACUUAAUUAUGAUGAUUGGUUGAUAUUAGAAUUCAAAUAGUUUUUUGUAAUAUAAAAUAAAAGAAAAGUGUGGACAGGGUUUAGUGGCAUGAGUUGAGAUAUCAUUUUUGCUUAUCAAGUAAUGCCUUUUAAUGACAAUAUAUUAAGAAGGGUUAAAUA